AUGGAUACACAGGAUCAGUACUAUACGGUGGCCAGACCACUAUACUCUGAAGACACUUUCCAGGAAACACAUGAAAAGAUCUUCAGACGGCGAAAGACCCCACGGGACCAUGUGACUGACUAUUUAACUUGUGACUCCAAACGUGCUAAGAAUGCAGCCCUGUCUCUGCUGCCCAUCAUUGGCUGGCUGAGAAUCUACCGGGUGAAGGAAUGGCUGCUGAAUGACAUCGUAUCCGGGGUCAGCACUGGACUAGUGGCGGUGCUCCAAGGCUUGGCCUUUUCCCUGCUGGCCUCGUUGCCUGCGAGCUAUGGGCUCUACACAGCCUUCUUCCCCGUUAUAGUCUGCUUCUUCCUGGGCACCUCCCGGCACAUCUCUGUGGGCUCCUUCCCAGUACUGAGUCUCAUGGUGGGGCAGGUGGUGACCCGUCUGGUGCCGGACACGGGGUCUCCGGCCAACAUCACCGGCUUUGAGGGGCUCACUCAAAACGAGCAGAGGGUUCUCGUCGCCUCCUCGGUCACCUUUCUCACCGGACUGAUCCAGUUGGGGAUGGGACUGCUGCAAGCAGGCUUCAUCGUCAUCUACCUGUCGGACACUCUGGUGUCCGGCUUCACCACAGCCGCAGGCAUCCACAUCCUGGUGUCGCAGCUGAAGUUCAUCUUGGGUCUCGUUGUACCUGCAAUAAGUGGACCGCUGUCCCUCAUAUAUACACUGGAGACAAUCGUCUCCCAAAUCACCUCCACCAAUAUCUGUGACCUGGUGAUGUCCAUCGUGAUCAUGCUUGCUUUGUUUGUAGUGAAAGAGAUCAACGAUAAGUACAAAUCAAAGCUUCCGGUGCCAAUACCUAUAGAAGUCAUUAUGACCAUAAUUGCAUGCGGCAUAUCGUAUGGCUUCAACUUCAAGGAGAGGUUCAGGGUAGACGUGGUGGGCCAGAUGUUGAUGGGAUAUGAGCCCCCAAUUCCUCCCAAUGUGGAGGUCAUGGAAGACACCAUAGCAGAGGCAAUCCCCAUGGCUGUAGUGGGAUUUGCUGUAGCCUUUUCUGUGGCCAAGGUCUAUGCUGUCAAACAUGACUAUGUCAUUGAUGGAAAUCAGGAGCUGGUGGCUUUUGGGGUCAGCAACAUUGUUGGUGCGUCGUUCAAGUCGACUGUGGCGAGUACGGCACCCUCGAGGGCAGCAGUGCAGGAGAGCACUGGAGGAAAGACACAAAUUGCAGGUCUUAUUUCGGCCAUGAUUGCAAUGAUUGUCACUGUGGCAAUGGGAUUCCUGCUUGAGCCCUUGCCAAAGUCUGUCCUAGGUGCCUUGGUGAUUGUUAACCUGAAGGGGAUGCUGCAACAGGUGACUGAAGUGCCUUACCUGUGGAGGAAAGACCGGCUGGACUGUGUGGUGUGGGUGGGGACAUGUGUGGCCGCCAUCCUGCUGGGGCUGGACCUGGGGCUGGCGGCAGGGCUGGGCGUGGAGCUACUCACGGUCGUCUUCAGGACUCAGUUUCCUCGUUGUGCAGUGCUUGCCAACAUCACGGGGACCGAUCUGUACAGAGACCGCAAGGAUUACCCCUGUAUCUCAGAACCAGAAGGAGUGAUGAUCUUCAGAAUGCCCUCACCCAUAUUCUUUGCCAACAUUGACUUCUUCAGGAAGAAGCUGACGGAAGCUGUUGGGUUCAGUCCUCUAAGAGUGUUAAGGAAGCGGAACAAGGCCUUGAGGAAGAUCCGGAAAAUGCUGAAGAAGGGGUCACUACAGGUUACAAGGCGAGGGGUUUUGCCCACUGGUUCCUCCCCCAUUGAUGAGUCGGAUAAGGAGGGCAACAUGGAGGAUCUGGACCUGCUCACUGAUUACGCCGACCUGCCUGUGCAGGUCAACUGGAACUCCCAGUUCCCCACCAACAUCUGCGUACCCCAGGUGCCCAUCCACAGCCUCGUCCUGGACUUCGCCGCUGUGUCCUUCCUCGACAUGUCAGCCAUGAAAGGCCUCAAAGCCGCAUUAAAAGAAUUCAUACGAGUGGAUGUGGAGGUCUACAUAGUGUCCUGUGAUGUGGACAUUUUGGACAAACUCUACAAUUGCAAGUUUUUCGACGAUGAGAUCAGGUCAUCGAUGUUCUUCCCAACGCUUCACGAUGCCAUGAUUUACGUGCAAAGGAAACAUCCCCCGGACCGCGACCACAAGGGCGAGCUGAAAGAUAUUUACUUCCAGCCAGAGGACAGGACGGGCCCAGCCCCCCAAUGCCCCCACAUGACGCCAGGACAGGACGGGCCCAGCCCCCAAUGCCCCCACAUGACGCCAGGACAGGACGGGCCCAGCCCCCCAAUGCCCCCGCAUGACGCCAGGACAGGACGGCCCCAGCCCCCCAAUGCCCCCGCAUGA